UCCUCCCCAUGGUCUUCAAUGAUAAAGUCACAUCCCCCCCCGGGCUUCUUGGCUGGUUAGGGGUAUGUGGAGGGGGUGCAUGGGGGGUACUGAGCUCUCAGCUGCACCCUAAGGGUGGGGGGUUACAGGAUGUGUGUGUCUCCACGUGUCUUGGAGGAUCAUGGGGCUGUACAUCUCCACUGUGCUGGUGAUCGGGAAGUUUGUGCGGGUUUUCUUCAGUGAGAUCUUGCACUCCAUCAUGUUUGAGGAGCUGCCCUGUGUGGACCACAUCCUGAAGCUGUGCCAGGGUAUCUUCCUGGUGCAGGAAACAGGUGAGCUGCAGCUGGAGGAGCUCUAUGCCAAGCUCAUCUUCCUCUACCACUUUCCCAAGACCUUGAUCAAGCAGAUGCGGGAGAAGUAAUAAAGGGGAAGGGGCUCUUCCCCCCCCCCUCCCCCCAAAGGACAUCACCACCUUAACAAGUCUUCCCAAGCUGGGGCUGCAUCCUUCCAGGGCAGGCAGUGGGACACACAGAUCUCAGCACUCACUUUUAGGGAGGAUGUUUUUCUUACAUUGCUUUGAAGCACUGUCUGACCUGCAGAGACCGCAUCACAUCUUCGCGAAGAGGGGGACAGGAGCCAGAACCCCCACCCACUGGGUACCCCUGGCUGCUGGGCGAGGGGGGACAGGAGCAAGCCUGUGCCUCCCCCCUGCUCUCCCCAGCCCCAUCCGGAAUCAGGUUGAACUCAAAAGCAAC